AUGACAGACGCUCUGCAUCUGCAAGCCUGUCAGAGAUGUCGUGCUCGCAAAGUUCGAUGCAGCAAAGAGGCGCCUCAGUGUCAGACGUGCAAGAAAGCACAGGUGGAGUGUGUGUUUCUUGACAAUCCCACGGGCGAGAGAUAUACGCGACACAUGAACGAGUCCCAUGUGCAGAAGCCGUUCCUUCUGACAGACUACGUGGCCAACCUCGUGCAGGAGAUCUAUUCCCAUACUCCGCCCGAAGCAAGUGAUGCACAAGACCUGUUCCGUCUCUACAUGAUCUGUGCCAUCUCGGCAGUACCUCUUCGGCGUAGAGGCUUGGAGCAGCAACAUCCCUACAGCUUCUUUCUCGCAGCCAGCGCUUACUUCGACAAAGUCAACUUCAGCAGCGGCGUGGAGGCCCUGCAAAAUCUCUUCUUAUUGGCUCGCUUUGCUGUAUAUUUCCACAUCGAAUUUGGAGAAUUCAACGUCGCCAAUGGCAGUCUUUGUCUACUUGACUUUAUGCGGCUACGCCGCAUCACUUCCCGCGUUCAGCGAGCCUUCUUCGCCAGCACGAAAGCAAAGUCCUCCGUCUCCCAGAACUCGCCAGUACAGCAUGCGACGGACUUCUCUGAGGUGUACGAUAAGCUCCAAAAGCUUCUGGACGAGCUGGAGGAGUGGCGCCAUGAUGCUCCGAUGUUCACCGACAUGACCGCCUUUUAUCAAGCCCAGGCCUGGUACGACUUUCUCUGGGAGAAAGAACGCCUCCUGCUACUCCGAGGGGCAAUGAACGACAUCUCUGCAAGAUGCGGCUCGAUGCCGCGCGAGCUCUCAAAAUCCUGCUGCGAUUGUGCCACGAAAGUCAUCACGCUGUACUCCGACAUGUUCUGGCCAAAGCAAAACAACGCAACAAGACACUACUUUCAGACCCUUCUCGCUGCCGGCUUGCUUGUGGCUUAUCUCUCCUCCCAUCUCGGACGACUGGACCGCUCGAUAACGCUCCUCCAAUCCCUCAGCGAGGAAAUGACAGAUGCGAGACCGUACGCCACAGUCUUCGAGCUCAUUCGCGAAAUGACGUGCUCCGGUUGGAAAGCGUACAAGCAGGCAGCUGUAUCUUCUAUCGACGAGAUGGACGCACUGGACUUGAGCAUGGCCACAAACUUACCAGACUGGUCAUACUCUCCGGGAUACCUCUUCGCCGGCGUGGAAGCCUAUGUCAAUCACUUCGCCACCGGAGACUUUGCCACAGACCCAAUGCUGGAUCCAGUAUCUUGGAUGCGCGGAGUGUGA